UGGCCAACAGUUUCAUUUAAUUGGGAUCGCUUUUUGAGGGAUGGGUGUUUGACCAUCCUCAGGGUCGCCUCGUAGUUGAUCUCACGCGUUCAUUUCUAGCCGCGUCCAUACACAGUAGCCGCUUGAUUGAGCGAUCAAUUAGUCUUUAUGGUGAUCACACGAGUGCUAGAGGGUCGCCGCUCGGGCCAGCGAUCUUUGGACGUGGUUACAUUUGUUAGGAAAAGCUUAUCGUUCGCCGGUUCACCAUACGAAUGUUUUACAACUUCAUAUAUUCAAUCAUUUAUAGCCAUUUGCUGAUAGUGAAGCCACCGAUGGCUUAUCCGAUCGCACAAUUACACGCUUCUCGUGCUGGUGGCAUAAGCGAUUGGUUUCUUAUCGGUUGUCUAGUAACAAGCGUGGAUUAGCGAGUAAGGGAAAGUUUACUUUUAAAACAUGCUUCCAGAUUAACAACGGUUGCAGAUUGUUUGAACUCUUUCCCGAUUGGAACGGAAUGCAACAGAUGCCACCAAUUAGCAUUCCAAUUAUUUUUGCCACAGUAUCCCGAAGUCUGUCCAAUCGUUUCACAACACGUUGUAGCAAAACGUAAAACAAACUGCGCGUGUGAUUCGUUACGCCAAAAAUAAAAGCAUCUUAGUGCAUUUGAAAAAAAACAAAUCUUGAGAGAAUGUAUAGUGACUCGUGCACAAAACUCGUUGUUUUGAUAAAUGUUUUUCUUUUGCUUUAUUAUAAUGUAAUUAUUGACUAUCAAAUACUAAUCUGGCGAAAGUACAACAUUUUCAAACAAUGGCUACCUUCGAAACGGUUCUUGCAAAUCAACAACGAAAGCUACAUAAGCAAUUAUCAACCGGUUUCUUUCAAUUAUUUUUUCUGUACCUUAAUAAACCGGUACGGAGCGCAAACAAAAUACUAAAACAGUGAAAAGCUAAAUUAACAUUUUUUAGUUUGGAAUUAAACAACAUCGCGGGCAAUCAACAUGAGCAAUUUAAUUUCAUGUAAAAACGUCGUUUACCUCUCGCUGUGUUUGUAACGGUUUUCCGACAACAAAAGAAGCACGUGCGAUGGAAAUAAGGGUUGUCAAAAUUUCCAUUGCAGGGUUAGCAUAUGCCCACGUGUAAUUCUGCACGUGUAAAUUUGAAUCCAGUUCUUAAAAAUGUUUGAAUUAACGAUACAUCUUACAAUAUGCAAACUGUUACAUACAUACGUGUGAUUUAUAAUAAACUCUCAGUUCAGUUAAAUUAUAGAUUUUCGUUUUUUAUCAAAUACAUAAAUUUAAACAUUUUACCAAGCAACAAUUCUUAUCGAAAAUAGCUACAAAAAUUAAAUGUAGCAUGAAACAAGCAGUUGGUAAAUCUAUAAUAUUGAAAUAAAAUGUUAAAAAGGCAAAGUUGAGCCGUGCAUGCAUUGUGCUGGCCGACGAACACUGUAACCUUGUGCCCUACUUCACAACUGUCAACUGCAUCACGUCGAAUGCGUUCGUGUUCGCUAGUGCUGAGAGGAGAGUCUGUUGCAUAAUUGCACAGAAGAAUAUAGUCGCACAGUUGUUGCUGCGCCCGAUAGAGUACACGCUAAAAAUGAACUGAAAACAGUGACAACAGUGCCGUGUCGUUGCUAAAGUGAAACCAUCGAGAACCGCUUCUUUUUCCAAAGCCGGCAAACCAUCGUCGGACAGACCCGGUAGCUAAGUGGAGUCGAACGAAGUGCCGCGGUGAUUACAUUUCACUGUCGUGUGCAGUUUUGCUUUCGCAUCGGAACGAGACCUAGUGAUAUUGGAAGCAACAGGAAUAAGGCAUCCAAAAUGGUGCAGCUCGAGAUUAACAAAAAACUACUGCCCAUGAAGGCACACUACUUCCUCUUCAAUGCAGGAACGGCUCCGGUAGUGCCUUUUAUGCCAACACUCGUACGGCAGCUGGGCUUCUCGACGGUGAUCGUCGGAACGAUCUACACGGUCCUGCCGAUCGUGGGCAUGCUGGUGAAGCCAUUGUUCGGCAUCAUUGCCGAUCGGUUUCAGCGCCAGAAGCUGUUGUUUCUGAUCUUUCAGAUUCUAACAGCCGUUCCGUUCUUUCUGAUCAUGUUCAUACCGGCCAUCCCUCAGGACUCGACUGUAACAUUCCAUUGCCACAACGGAGCAGCCGAUCUGAAGUACUGUCCGGAAAAUGGUACCAGUAUCGAUUCCUGUCUGGUGGAAAGUAUUACCAACAAUGAAAACAACGGUUCGAUGCUCUGCGACAUGGAGUGUCGCACGGAACCGUGGAUGUGGGACACAGUGUGCAAGUACUGGAAUGUGUCGACGUACUGUGACGAGAAGAACAUUCCCACCGACCGUAUCCUAAGACUGACGGGUGUUGUACCCAACAACCACAUUAAUCUGGUCGAUGAGUGUCUGUUCUUUAUGUUGCGCGAAGGCAAAAUGGAUGGGAAUCGGGUACCACUCUACUGUCCGUCCAACAUGACUGACUUCCGGACGAGCUGUCAGAUGCAGUGCAACAGCGAGCAGGUGAUGGGCGCCAUCUCACAUUCAAAAAUUGCGGACAGCGAAGUGACGGGACUGUACCAGUUCUGGUUGCUCUUCCUGUUUCUCAUCAUCAGCUGGGCCGGUAUGGCGGUCGUCGUAAGCGUUGGCGAUGCAAUCUGUUUUGAAAUGCUUGGCGAUAAGCCCCAUCUGUACGGAAACCAGCGACUGUGGGGUUCCAUUGGCUGGGGCACGGUUUCACUGUUUGCCGGCUUUCUCGUAGACACACUGUCGGAGGGUAAGCUGGCGAAGGAUUACACGAUCGUGUUUUACAUGACGAUCGUACUGAUUGGGUUCGAUAUGCUAUGCUCCUCGAAAUUGCAGCACACCCAAACGCGUCUCUCAACUAACAUCCUCAAGGACGUUGGCAAAAUAUUUGUCAAUUUCCGCAUUGUGGUAUUCUUCUGCUGGUGUGUACUGAUCGGUUUCGGAACGGCAUUAAUUUGGAACUUCCUGUUCUGGCACUUGGAGGAUCUUGCAAGUGUUCAAGAAGGAUGUGGCCAUUCGACGUGGAUUAAAACGCUGGAAGGAAUAAUUAUGUCGAUUCAAACGUUCGGCGGCGAGCUACCGUUCUUUUUCCUUUCCGGGUGGAUUUUGAAAAAAAUUGGCCACAUUCAUGCCAUGAGCUUGGUACUGUUAGGAUUCGGUGUGCGUUUCCUGCUUUACUCGCUGCUCACCGAUCCCUGGUGGGUUAUACCGAUCGAGUUUAUGAAUGGUAUCACCUUUGGGCUGUUCUAUGCAACGAUGGCAUCCUAUGCUAGUAUAGUGGCGCCGCCCGGUACAGAGGCCACAAUGCAGGGACUCGUGGGUGCAGUUUUCGAGGGUGUCGGCGUAUCACUGGGCAGCUUGUUGGCUGGCAACCUUUUCCAUCGCAUCGGUGGUAGCUCCACGUUCCGUGCGUUCGGUAUAGCGGCUCUGAUACUGUUCGUGCUGCAUGUUGCCGUCCAGAAGCUAACCGAUCGUUUCGGCAGCCAGGGUAAGCAACAACAGAAAGUGGAUGGCUUAACGGGCGUUAAGCUAAAGGAAAAUGGGACGCAUGGAUCUGGGUUAGGCGGGGAUGGUGUCUCGAAUGGACAGCUGGCCAAAACUAACUCCAUCCUGUCGGAAUCGACCGUUCAGGAGGAGCUACACGAUGGUGAGGAAAAAGCGCAACUACACCAUGCCAAUGGUAGCCACGUAGAUUCAAAGACUGCCUCGAAUGGAAACGUUACCCAUCACGUGCCCGAGACGUGUUCGGAAAAGAACACGUCAAAUGGCAAAACAACUGUAGUAUCCGAUGGGCAAUUAUAUGAAGUGCCAUUAAAUUGAUGCGUUUCGUUCUUUUUUUUUCUUAAAAUUCUACUUCAUAGUGUAAAUUCAAACAGGGUUUGCGAAAGAUAACUGUUUGCUAGUAUUUUUCGUCAGCAUACUGACACCAUAUGGACCAUUGCCAUAUUGAUCCUAUCCCACAUACUGCUAAAUCCUCAAUACAAACGUGUGAAAAGACUACAGAAGCGAACAAAACAUUACGUUACAAAGUGAGACCACAAAACCGACACUGUUCAUUUGCGUUGCGGUGAAUAUUUACUAUUUUUGAUAAGUUUGCAUUUUUGUUUUUUUUUUCCAUAAUUUUGGCGCUCACAGCGUUCCUUUACUGCUAUGAGUUAGUAGAAUAGCGUGUACAAAUAAUAAAUGCGAGAUUGUAUUCUUCACGUA